AUCAAUAAUAAUACGGCCUUACAUUCUAUACUUCCGUUGCUGGAAUCAGAGGCUCUGCUUCUAAUUCCCCUUGCGUAGAUUCUCCCCCUGCACUUUCUUACUCUUCUUCCUAUUUCUGGAUUCUUCUAUGGUUUUAGCCAAAAGGGUCGUUGUUUUUUCACUUCUGGGUUUCGUAGUUUUGGCCGGAAAGAGCUCUACAGGAGCAGCUGGAGCUUGUUUUUCAAGAAACUAACAGUCUUUUCUUUGUUUAUCCACUCUUCUGCCAGAGCUUGGAUUGGAGAAGAUGUCUCAGACCAACUGGGAAGCUGAUAAAAUGUUAGAUGUGUAUAUUCAUGAUUAUUUAGUAAAGAGAGAUUUGAAGGCUACUGCGCAGGCCUUUCAAGCAGAGGGAAAAGUGUCUUCGGACCCUGUGGCUAUCGAUGCACCUGGAGGUUUUCUCUUCGAAUGGUGGUCGGUAUUCUGGGAUAUAUUCAUUGCCAGGACUAAUGAGAAGCACUCAGAGGUUGCUGCAUCUUAUAUCGAGACACAAUUAAUAAAAGCAAGAGAACAACAACAUCAGCAACAUCAGCAACAUCAACAACAGCAGCAGCAGCCACAGCCACAGCAACAACAACCACAACACAUGCAGAUGCAGCUUCUGAUGCAGAGACAUGCCCAACAGCAGCAGCAACAACAGCAGCAGCAACAGCAUCAGCAGCAACAGCAGCCUCAACAGCAACAACAACAGACCCAGCAACAGCAACAGCAGCGAAGAGAUGGAGCCCAACUCUUAAAUGGAACUUCAAAUGGUUUUGUUGGAAACGAUCCUCUUAUGCGCCAGAAUCCUGGAUCUGUAAAUGCAUUGGCUACAAAAAUGUACGAGGAUAGAUUAAAACUGCCCCUUCAGAGGGAUUCUCUAGAUGAUGCUGCUCUGAAACAAAGAUAUGGCGAAAAUGUUGGGCAGCUGUUGGACCCAAGUCAUGCUUCGAUCCUAAAGUCAGCUGCAGCAACCAGCCAGUCCUCAGGGCAAGUGUUACAUGGUUCAGCUGGGGGAAUGUCUCCUCAAGUUCAAUCUAGGAGCCAGCAAUUGCCAGGUUCCACACCGAUGCAGGAUAUAAAGAGCGAGAUUAAUCCAGUUUUAAAUCCUAGAGCUGCAGGCCCUGAGGGAUCACUGAUGGGUAUUCCUGGAUCAAACCAUGGCGGCAAUAAUUUGACCUUAAAGGGAUGGCCACUUACUGGGCUAGAGCAGCUCCGUUCUGGUAUCCUUCAGCAACAAAAACCUUUCAUACAGGCUCCUCAGGCUUUUCCUCAGCUUCAGAUGUUGACACCACAACAUCAACAGCAACUUAUGCUCGCACAACAGAAUUUAACCUCACCUCCUGUUGGUGACGACAGUAGAAGGUUGAGAAUGCUUUUGAGCAGUAGAAUUGCAAAGGAUGGACUUUCAAAUUCUGUUGGUGAUGUUCAAAAUGUUGGAUCUCCUCACCAAGCUGGCAGUCCUCUUUUGCCCCGCACAGACCCAGACAUGAUGAUUAAGUUAAAAAUGGCUCAAUUACAGCAGCAACAUCAGCAGCAACAGAAUAGUAGCCAGCAGCAGCAGCAGCAGCAGCAGCAACUUCAGCAGCAUGCUCUUUCAAAUCAACAGUCACAAAGCUCAAACCACAAUAUGCAUCAGCAAGAAAAAAUUGGGGGUGCUGGUAGUGUCACCAUGGAUGGUAGCAUGUCAAACUCAUUUCGCGGAAAUGACCAGGUUUCAAAAAAUCAGACUGGGAGAAAGAGGAAGCAGCCAGUGUCAUCUUCAGGUCCAGCAAAUAGCUCGGGAACAGCCAAUACUGCAGGCCCAUCCCCAAGCUCUGCUCCUUCAACUCCCUCAACCCACACACCUGGAGAUGCAAUCUCAAUGCCUGCUUUGCCUCACAGUGGUGGUUCAUCUAAACCAUUGAUGAUGUUCAGCGGUGAUGGCCCUGGCACUUUUACAUCUCCCUCAAAUCAGUUGUGGGAUGAUAAAGAACUUGAAUUGCAGGCUGAUAUGGACCGCUUUGUGGAGGAUGGGUCUCUUGAUGACAACGUGGAGUCUUUUUUAUCCCAUGAUGAUACCGACCCUAGAGAUCCUGUAAGCCGCUGUAUGGAUAGCAGCAAAGGAUUCACAUUUACGGAAGUAAAUUCUGUUAGAGCAAGCCAAAGCAAAGUCUCCUCUUGCCACUUUUCAUCUGAUGGAAAAUUGCUUGCUAGUGGUGGCCAUGAUAAAAAGGCUGUACUGUGGUACACAGAAAAUUUAAAGCCGAAAACUUCACUUGAAGAACAUGCUUCUAUGAUCACUGAUGUUCGUUUCAGUCCUAGCAUUCCCCGCCUCGCGACGUCAUCAUUUGAUAGAACAGUCCGGGUUUGGGAUGCUGACAAUCCUUGUUAUUCACUACGUACUUUUACGGGACAUUCUGCUUCUGUUAUGUCUUUGGACUUCCAUCCGAAGAAGGAUGACCUUAUCUGCUCCUGUGAUGGCGAUGGUGAGAUUCGGUACUGGAGUAUCAACAAUGGCAGCUGUGCAGCACUAUUCAAGGGUGGUACAGGCCAGAUGAGAUUUCAACCUCGUCUUGGAAGGUACCUCGCCGCUGCUGCAGAUAAUAUUGUAUCCAUUUUUGACGUGGAGACUAAACAGUGUCGGCAUUCGUUACAGGGACAUACCAAAACGGUUCAUUCUCUUUGCUGGGAUCCUUCUGGAGAGUUCCUUGCAUCCGUUAGCGAGGAUUCUGUUCGAGUGUGGACGCUUGCUUCAGGGAAUGAGGGUGAAUCCAUUCACGAGUUGAGCUGUAACGGCAAUAAGUUCCACUCUUGCGUUUUCCAUCCCACCUAUUCUACUUUGCUGGUCAUCGGAUGUUAUCAGUCGUUAGAGCUUUGGAACACAACCGAGAACAAGACGAUGACUCUGGCAGCUCAUGAAGGUCUAAUAUCCGCCUUAGCGGUGUCCACAGUGUCGGGUCUUGUCGCUUCGGCCAGCCACGACAAGUUUAUCAAGCUAUGGAAGUAAAAGAAAAAAGAGAAAAAAGAAAAAAGAAGAAAAAAGGAAAAAGUAACUCACACACUAGUUGAAUGGAAAGCUCAAGGCAGUGGGUCCGGUAGUAGUACUGGUUUGUUUUGUUGUAGCUUUGUGGUCUGUUUUUGGACUUCUUUUUUGCUCCCCCUCUGUUGUAUGUUCAGGACUUUCAAUUUUCUUACUUCUUCUUCUUCCUUUUUUUUUAAAUUUUUUUCCCUUUUUUUUU